AUGGACAACGCGUCUGACUACGGAUCAGAAGAUUCCAGAAUUGGCCUUAUCCUGUACUUUCCGACAAAUAAAAGAUCGUCGUCCAUGUUUACAACCUCUGACAAAUCAUCACAAUGGUACAAACACCUGGCGGCCAACGUGAACGCUAGCUCGCCCAAACCACCGCGCCCACUGCCGCCUUCGCGCGUGCUUAUACUACGAGAACAAGCUAAUGGACGGAUGGAUGGAUGA